AUGAAUAAGCAGAACGUGAACCAUCAUGAUCAAAAAAAGAAAAAGCUACCAAAUCAAGGAGAUGCAAAGGAAACCGACGUCAUUUCAAGUUUAAAGAAAAGUAGCUCUACUAUCUUUUCUCAAAUUCGUCAAGCUUAUAACAAAAAAGGACCGCAAGAACAGCAGUGUCGUAAAACUAAAAGUAUGGAGACAAGCGAACAGCAAUGGUUCCAUGGAUUACUUCCCCGGGAGGAAGUUCAGCUUUUACUACAAAAAAACGGCGAUUUCUUAGUUCGCAUGUCAGAACCUGGAGCAGGGCAAACGAGACAUUUGAUUCUUUCUGUAAUGCAAAACGAGCCCAGCGCUGACGCGAUGCAUUAUGUUAUUCGUAACUCAGAUGGAAAGUUUUCGAUCACUGGAAAAGAAAAUUUCGAUAGUCUGAUCGACUUGAUCAAUCACCAUAAACAGAACAGACUUCACGACGAAACUCCAACCAGUGUAUUGAUCAAUCCUAUAGGUCGACAAUCUUGGGAACUCAACCAUGCAGAUGUUACAAUGACGAAGACGUUGGGAGAAGGGGCUUUUGGAGAAGUGAAACUUGGUACGCUCAAGAGAGAAUCAGAAACCUUAGAUUGUGCAGUGAAAACUGCAAAACUUGAAAAAAUGACGAAAGAGCAAAUCAAGGAAAUUACUUCAGAGGCUCGUAUAAUGCGUGGUUUAAACCAUAAAAAUGUGGUCAGAUGUUAUGGAGUAGCCGCAGUUGAUGAACCGCUACUUGUUGUAAUGGAAUUGGUCCCAGGGGGUGGUCUUGAUGGCUAUCUACAGAAGAAUUCAGUUUCAUGGCCAGAAAAACUAGAUAUCAUUACUCAAGUGGCCGCCGGAAUUGCAUAUAUUCACAGUAAAAACAUUAUGCAUAGAGACAUUGCUGCUAGAAAUGUGUUAUACGGAAAAGGAGUGGUAUCGGAUUUCGGAAUGUCUCGAAUUGGUACUGAGUAUCAAAUGAAUCCAAACAAAAAAGUGCCAAUCAGAUGGUUGUCUCCAGAAACACUUAUCACUUUCGUUUACACUCAACAAACUGAUAUCUUCGCAUUUUCUAUUCUUUGUUGGGAAGUCAUCGAGAAUGGUACACAACCAUACCCAGAAUUCAAAGUUGUCGAAGUACAUCAAAAAGUAGCCAAAGAUGAUUAUAGAAUGCCAAUCGGAGAUAAAGUACCAUCUCAAUUAGCUGAUGUCAUCAAGAAAUGCUGGACUAGAAAUGCAAACUUGAGACCUUCUAUGUCACAGGUCGUGUUGAUGAUGACUGCCAUAACCGGCAAAAAAGAAACGACUAAUCCAAGUAAAUCGGGUGGGAUCAGUGCUGAACGAGCCAAGAUCUUCGGUGGAGUUGGAGUCAGCCCAGCUUCAGAUCCGAAUCGUGAGAAAACAAUCGUGAAAACAGGAAGACGGAAUGUCAAGAAGAGGCCAACAUGCCAACCGAGUGGAGGUAAUUCUGGAGCAAUGUUGUCAUCGCCUUCUUCAUCAAAGGAAAAAAAGAAGAAAGGCGGGAAAACGAAACACUAG